AUGGACUCGGCCUUCACUCACGCCGUCUUCCGGCAGGGAGCUACUGCGCUCAUCACGGGCGCCGCAUCUGGCAUCGGGCUGGCUCUGGCGAAACGAUGCUACUCGUGCCAAAUGAACUUGAUUCUCCUCGACAAGAGCGACGACGGCCUCCAGCAGGCCUUGCAGCAAUUCCCCUCCACCGAGACCAUCACGACCACCGGUCACUCCAUCGAUGUUUCAUCCAUCGACUCAUGGCGAAGCCUUGUGCCCCAGAUUGAAGCCCAGUAUCCCAAUGGCAUCGACCUACUUGUCUUAAAUGCAGGCACUGGCGUCAAGUCCAACAAGGGCUAUCGGAAAAACCCCGAAUACUUCGAAAAAACCUUCGCGAUAAACACUCUGGGAUACAGAAAUGGCACUAUCGCGAUUCUCGACAUGGUCAAGGACAGCAACGAAGCUCGCGCCAUCAUUCUCACGGGUUCCAAACAAGGGAUCACUAAUCCCCCCCCAGCGAUCCCGCCUACAAUGCCUCCAAGGCCGCCCCUCCACCUCUUGGUUCCAGGCUGGACCUACACUGAUCUUUACACUACCGCUUUCAAGGACAAGCCGGUUGGUGCUUGGACUUCCGAGCAGGUGAUCGAUUUCAUGAUUCAAGGAAUGGCCGAGGGAAAGUUUUACAUUAUGUGCCCGGACAACAAAGUGUCGGAAGAGUUGGAUAGGAAGCGCAUUAUGUGGUCCAUAAACGAUUUGCUGAAGGGUCAGCCCCCGUUGUCUCGUUGGCUAGAGGAGUGGGCGGGAAAAGCCAAGAAGGCCAUCUAUGGUGAAUAG